CAUAAUAACUUUCCUUUCCUGUGUUAUUCCAAGACAAUGGCGCAAACCUCAGGAUCCUUCGUUUUGUGUAAAUGGCGAAAGAGAAAGAAUUCAGCAAGGUAUAUGAGGAAGAAAUUCAAAUGGUUGAAGGUAGACAAGAAAGAGAUUAUCAAAGAGCAGCAAAGCGUUAAACAAGUGCAAAGGCAAGUGGCGGCAAAUCUCCGAGCAACCCAGGAAGAAUGCGAUAAGCUCCGAAACGAAACCGAUCAAAUUAUUCGACAAACUGCCCAUACUCGAGCUCGUCUCGCUCUCAUGUUCAAUAUCCUCAAGGCACGAGAACAAGGCGAUCUCGCCCAGGCUGCCCAAUUAACUCAGUCACUUCGGGAAACAUUAAGCGGAGAUAAUAGCAACAACGAAACAACUGUAGUAACUUCAGAUAUCACAAUCAUGUAAUAACGAUUUCAAACAAUACUGGAACCAUCAGAUAACAACUAUUAUUUUGAUAGUAAACUACUAUUUAAAUCUUUA